UCCCUGCUGCAGGACCACGUCGUCCUGGCGAUACGCCAGCAGUUCGUUGCCAUCGGCGACCAGCUGGUGUCCCUUGGAGACGGAGACGAGGUUGCCGUGGUGCCGCCGCUCAGCGGGGGGUAAACCUGACGAGAUGUCCAAGCCGAGAGACGUCUUCAAGCUGAGCCGUGAUUGGCUGUCCAUACAGGAAGUGGUGGAUGCUGUCAGCAGUCCUUCCUGUGGAGCCAUUUCAGUCUUCAUAGGGACGACCCGUGAGGACGUGGUGGAGGACAGGAAGGUGAUUGGUCUGGAGUAUGAGGCGUACGAUUCCAUGGUCCAAUCAGAGUUCACCAAGCUGUGUGCUGACAUCCGAGAGAGAUGGCCGGCCGUCUCUCAUAUCUGUGUCCACCACCGCCUCGGGUGGGUGAAGGUGGGCGAGGCCAGCGUCGCCAUGGCGAUCUCGUCCCCUCACAGGGAGGACGCCCAGCAGGCCGUCCACUUCUGCAUCCGCCAGCUGAAGGCCGCCGUCCCCAUCUGGAAGAAGGAAGUGUACGACACCCAGGAGUCCAUCUGGAAGGAGAACGCUGAGUGUUUGUGGGCGGGGCAUAACGAGCAGCGUCCAAUCACAUCCUCCGAGAAUCACAAAGAUUAAAAUCUGUUUCUCACUACGCUGUGUGUGUGUGUGUGUGUGUGUGUGUGUGUGUGUGUGUGUGUGUGUGUGUGCGCACGCGCGCAGCAUUAAAUGAUUAAUGCCAUAAAGUCGACUCAGCAGAUCUGUCGGUCUGAUCUGGAGACGGUGAAAGUCCCGGCGACUCGUCCACAGUCGGCAGUCAGCUGGCUGCUCAAGAGCACUUGGGUCAGCUCUGGGCGGCACACAAACCGGUUCAAACCAGCUGGAAGUCCAGUUAAAACCAGCUGGGUCACCUCCUAAAAGCAGCAGAGAGAGAGAGAGAGAGAGUGAGAGUGAGUGUGUGUGUGUGUGUGUGUGAGGGUUCUUGCAGUGGUUAUUCUCUCUGAUGAGAAAACGUAACGUUCCUGCAGCUUCCGGUCGGACCGGAAGUGGCGCGGCGACCAUGUUUCCUGUUUACUGCCGAGUCACCAGCAGGAUGACAGUCUGUUCAGAACCUGGUCUGAGAUGAAGAAACCGUUUCCUGUCCCUCAGUCUGCCUCGUUCCAGACUGGUUUCACUCAGCUUCACAGAACUCCACAUUCUCACUGAAUCGAUCAGAUUCAUUUCAAAC